AUAAAUAGUGUAACAAGGGGCUUCUUUCUCUUCUUUUUAUAUAUACAUAUAUAUGUCUACAUACAAAGUCAAUCCGCAUAGACCUUAUUAUUCGCCAGGAUUACAACCUCAUCGCAAUUAUACGUCGUUACCUUCUCAAGAUGCUACGCCAUUAGUACUUGAAGAACAUGACCAUGCACUUAAAGGCUGGACUGGAAGAACAACAAGUUUUGCACUAUAUAAAUAUUUCAUAACUAUGCUGACAAGCCCCUUUGAGGUGGGCACAACCCUACUUCAAGUCCAAUAUUCCCCUCACCAAGACGUUGAGGUGGUUGGGCUACAAUCGAUUGAAUCAAGCAGCAGUAGUACACAGCUUUCUUCUAUGCAUCCCAUAGAUGCUGAUUCAGAGACAGACGAUGAAGAAGGGUUCUUUAGGCGUCCUGCUUCUCUAGAUAUCAAUCGUUUUAGGCCUGACAGCAGUAGCUUACUCUCGACUGUGAGUGUCUAUGAUGAUAAGAAUCGACCUAUGCAUCAAAUGCCGCCUAUGGAAGGAGGUGGUGUAUUAGAAAUUCUGAAUUCAAUCAUCAAACAACCUACAGAAGGCUGGCGAUCUUUAUUCAAAGGUCAGCGUGUUACUUGGGUGUAUGAAAUGCUUCGUGCAGUGCUUUUACCUGCACUUGAGAGUAGUUUAAAUGACAUAUUUGGUCUAUACGAUGAUACGAUUCCACUCUUACACUUAGAUAAUGUCACUCCUAACAUUGCUACCAUGAUUGUAUCCCAUGUAGCAGUAGGUGUUCUUCUUAGUCCAUUAGAGAUUAUUCGUACACGUCUUGUGGUUCAAUCUGCCUCACCCCUCUGUAGAAAAUACCAAGGUCCAUUCCAUGCACUUCGUUUGAUGAUAUCAGAAGAAGGCGGUCUGAGUAGCAUUUACCUCAGUAAAAACUUGAUUCCUACCAUCUUUUAUCAUACCAUUACACCGCUUUUAGCAUGUAGUACACCUUUAUUGAUCACUCGCUUGUUACAUAUUACAGCGGCUGAUUCACCUAUUCUUUAUGGUGCUGCAGAACUUGUCUUAAGCACCUGUGGACUAUUGCUCAUGUUACCUUUAGAAACCAUUCGUAAGCGUCUGCAUUGCCAAGUACAAGGAGAAUUCAAGUCUACAGUGGCAUUAAGACCUCAACCUUAUCGUGGUGUAUUGGAUGCAUUAUACAAGAUCAUGAAAGAAGAAGGCACAAAAGAAAAGAAGCGAGAAACAACAAAACAGACCAAAAAAGCAUGGACAUCCAGUGAUGAAGAUAGUGAUUCGGACUUAUUUCCUGCUCAUCGAAAAGAAAAGACUUCAAGUGCCUGGGGAAUUCGUGGUUUGUACAGAGGAUUCAGUAUGCAAUUGGCUGCUCACGUAAUGGGGUUUGUAUUUCAUACAGUAAAUGGACUUGAAGAUGGUUUUAUGUGAAUAUAAAUAAAAAUUGCAUAAAUUAGCUCUUUUUUCUCUCUUU